GUAAAGGAAAGACGGACUGGGACUGUGAGUGAACUGGGUCUGCAAGUGGAACCUUGUUUGGUAAUAGUCCAGGGAGAGAUUGUUUAUUUAAGUUGUAAUUAUAUAAUAUUUAUUUUAAGUUAGUAAACUACUUAAAUAAUUCGUCAUCGAGGUAACCAAUAAAUCUUUGGUUCAUCUGAGUGAGUGCCCAUGGUUGCAGGGCUGAGCUUGGUGGUAGUUUCUUGUGGAAAAGCUAUCUGGUUCUGAACAUCAAAAUGGCUGGUCGUAAAAUUAAACCGAAACUCAAAAUAUCAGUUCCUGAUGAAGCUCCUUCUGUUGUAACUCCUCCAAGGAACUUGGACAAAAGGACAACCAUCACCAUUGGAGAUCGAACAUUUGAUGUUGAGGCAGAUGACUUGGAGAAGAUCUGCGACCUUGGGCGUGGAGCUUAUGGCAUUGUUGAGAAGAUGAGACAUAUCCCAUCAGGCACUAUAAUGGCUGUGAAGCGAAUUGCGGCCACUGUAAACACGCAGGAGCAGAAAAGGCUGGUGAUGGACCUAGAUAUCUCAAUGCGGUCGAGUGAUUGCCCCCACACUGUCCAAUUCUACGGAGCACUGUUCCGUGAGGGGGACGUAUGGAUCUGUAUGGAAGUUAUGGACACCAGCCUAGAUAAGUUCUACACCAAGGUUUACCGACACAGCCGCGUCAUUCCGGAGAACAUCUUGGCCAAUAUCACUUUGGCGGUUGUGAGUGCACUCCAUUACCUGUAUAGCAAACUGAGAGUGAUCCAUCGUGAUGUGAAACCCUCAAAUAUCCUGAUGAACAGACGAGGGGAGGUCAAAAUGUGUGACUUUGGAAUCUCCGGGUACCUGGUUGAUUCUGUGGCAAAGACGAUUGAUGCAGGUUGCAAACCCUACAUGGCUCCGGAGAGGAUAGACCCGCAUGGUAAUCCAUCACAGUAUGACAUCCGCAGUGACGUCUGGUCCUUGGGCAUCUCAUUGGUAGAGUUAGCUACCGGAACCUUCCCAUACUCUUCCUGGGGCACUCCCUUUGAGCAGCUCAAGCAGGUUGUAAGCGAUGACCCCCCAAGGCUGCCUGAAGGUCGGUUCUCACCGGACUUUACAAACUUUAUUGAACAAUGUUUACAGAAAGACUACACACUGAGGCCCAACUAUACAUCGCUACUGGCUCACCCAUUCUGCUCGCAGCAGCGAGAGUGUACCACAGACAUCACCGACUUUGUAGGUGAGAUACUGGACUUGCCCGACACACCCUGACAUGUCGACUGGUACAGACUUCUGGUCGAUACGGUGAGGACACUCCAUUUUCGGACAGUGGGGUGGCGCACCAACUGAUGCAAGCUAGGCUAAGUUAGAUUAGGCUAGGCUCGGCUCGAUCUAGGUCAGGUUAGGAUAACCUAGGCUGGGCUUGUGUAGACUUGUAGCCUAUGUUAGGCCAACCUAGGUUAUUAGGUUGCAUCACCACUCACUCGCAUCCUUCAAAAUCUUUAUUAGCAAUGUAACUUUUACCCUUCUUGUCACUUUCUUGUUAUGGUGAUAUAUGGAUCCUUUAAUCACAGAAAAGACUUGUUCUCAUUUAGAACACUUUUAGUCUUUCAAAAUUAAAAAAAGAAGUGAGAUAUUUUUUGACUAGGUGUAAUAACCCGGUGAAACUACUUUUGUUGAAGAGCGAUUUUUGUUUAUUGAAAUUUAACAAAAAUCAGACUAAGGAAGCAAGUCAACUGUCAUAUAGGUUGCCCUGUAAAUAGAUAUAUAUACACUUGAGUUGGUGUCUGUUGUAUCAACCAUUUCACUUUCUAGUAGUGGAUCAUUUUUUAAUUUAAUGUUAAGCUUUAAAUUCCAAAAAGAAAAAUUAAAAAGAAAUAUAAAUCAUGAUAAAAUGUUUUAUAACAGGAAAUAAUAUUGUGAAAACAUUUAAUUGAUGUGCUAGUUUUUCAAAUUUGUUUAAACAAAAAAUGUUUUAAUUAGCAUGACUAUAUAUCUGAAUAAAUAACAAUUUUUUGUAAAUAUAAGGGUGGCAAAGCCACUUGUUAUAUAUUGCAGUUUAUAACAAUGUCAUGUAUUGUAAUAUUUAGAACAGUGUUGACAUUGGAAAAAUGUCUUAAAGUCUGUUAGAAACUUUAAAAAAACUUUAUUUUUUACAGUCAGAUAUUAAAAAAAAAAUUUACGGAGUAUAUUGUGUCAAAAAUGUUUAUAUUUAAGAUUAAAUAUAGAUAGGUAUGAAUAUAAAAAUCAUAUUAAAAGCAAAUAUUCAGUUAUUUUUACACCUCAGUCAUUAAUCUCCAUGAUUUAAGUAAAAAUAUGUUCCUUAAUAAUAAACAUAUUAACUCAUUUAACACUGAAGUAUGAUAUCAUUGACAAAGAAGAAAAAUAUUUAAAAUUUUGGCUUAUAUCUGAUGUUUAUCGGGAUGUCUUCUCAUCAUGUUGUGUGAAGGGUGUGUACAGAGUGGGUUCGAUGUAAGCUCCUGGAACUGGAGUAUGUCUGUGGCAGUACAAAUUUCUGUCGAAGGCUCUUGAACGUCUCUCGGCAGGUUAUGCCAUCCAUGCAUGUUUGCUUUCAUAUAUUGUAUUUAACAAAGUAACUGUUAUACGGUAAUGUAAAGUUAAGAAAUUUGUGAAGUUGCAGUGCAAUAUGUAGUUUUUAAUAAUAGUGCAUCAGUACAAAAAUUAAAACCAAUUCCGUUGGUUAUGACCUUUAUUUCACUGUUGUAUUAAAACCUAUUUUAUAUGUUUAAAACUGUACAGUGGAUUCAAAAUAAGCGUUGUUAUGUUUGCAUAAUAUUAUGAUUAGUUGUUGAAUAUAAUCGAAAUAUUCUCAAUUUUUUAUAAAAAUAGUCUACAAUUUAAUAAAUAUAACCCUGGAGGUAUUUUUUUUAUAAGUAAUGAUUUCUUUGUCUCUUUUAUAAUAACCUAGUAUUAUAACAUAAAUUCAUCUGCAUAAUAUUUUCUAACAACCAUCCCAUAAUUCAAGGUUUUCUGUAUGUAUAGUAAAUCAUGUAUAAAACAAUUUAGUUUAUUCUUCAUACUACAUUUUCUAAAUCUAUUUACAUUCAGUAUUCCAAACAAUAACAAACAAAUACAAUUUCAUACAUUUGCUACUGUUAUCGUUAAAGAACAAACAAAUGUUUGUUAACACUCCUUGUCCAAUUCUAAAAUGCUAAAUCAGAUAGCUAACGAUUAGAGUGUGCCUUUUAAAUUCAUUGUGAUUUUUAAGUUGUUUUUGUUUUUAAGAGUGGUAUGUGGAAACUAACUUAUGCUCUUGAAUCUAGCAUAGUAACUCCACUGCCAACGGUUGUAAUGUAUGUUUCCGUACAAAUGUAGUUCAUUGUAUUGCUUUAAGAAAAUUAGAAGGCCUAACUGACGUUUGCUCUUUGAGGUGUUGUAGUUUAUGUGUUGUGAAGGCAUUUGUAAUCUGUUUAGGCUAAAUGUAGGUAAAAUAACGAUGAAAAUUGUAAAAAAAAAAACAGGAUUUUACAUCACAAUAAAUUAUGUGAAAUGCUUCAAACAAUUUAUUGAACAUAUAGUUUUACAUAAAAAAAUGGAUCUUUAGAAGUAUUAACAAGUUGUUAGAAAAUAACCAAAGAAAAUAAUUUUUUCUAGUGACAUCAAUAGUACAAUCAACCAAAACCACAAUUAUUUUUAAAUUCUUGACUGUUUCAUCAUAAAAUAAUCUUCUUAACAGAAAUUUCUUAUCAAUCAAUGAUCUAAAAUCUCAAAUUGAAAUUUGUUAAUAUUAUAAAAGGUCCUACAAUUUAUAUAAAGACAAAAUCGACUCUUUGGGUUGAAAAUAAGUUUUGGUUAAGAGUUUAAAGUAUUGGUUACACUUAGUUUCAGGCUUUUUUUUAAUUAGCGGUAACACUUAUUGGUGACAUACUCUAAAAGUGGGCGAGUAAAUGUAUGUAUUUUUAUAAACCCAGUUUUAACAUAAUAUAUGUGUUAUUAUAAAGUUCAACAGUGACUUUGAGGAUUCUUCCCAAAUUUUUAAACACUUUUAUGUUGUCACUAGACAAGUUUAAAAAUGUUUUUAAACAAUCCAAGGAUUGAAAAUUGGAUAGUGAGUAAAAGGAUCACUUGUUGUUUUUUUAUAUCUCACUUCAUGUUUUUCUUCAGGCUAAGGGAUACUCAAUGGGUUUACAUAAUAAUGCAUUAAGCCACUUUUUGGAGGCUCUUUUCUUAAAAAUGGUUGAGAUGCAAAAAAUGUUUAUAGUCAAGUGGGUUUAAAAAAUACAUAAGCAUCCUGAAUUCUGUACUACCUAAUAGAACCAUCAUAGGUGUUAUUAUCAUGAAGAUUGAGCUUAUAUUGGUUGUCUAUUAGUUAGUCAAAUUAGAACAAAUAAAAAGUCUAAUUAUUUGUUUUUUUUUUGUGAUUUUAAAUUAAGUAACAUUUACAAAUAGGUGUUAUUAUUUCAUAAGACCCAGAUUCUUAACACUCUAUAGGACUGUAACUGACUAAUGUAAAUUUUGAAUUAUGUUUUGAACAAAAAUUUUUUUUUUACCCCCAAGAAUUAUAUUUGAAAGUAUUUAUAUUUGGUAUUGGGUCACUCUAUAGAAACAAACCGUUUUAUUGUACAUUGUUACAAAUCAAUAAAUAUGUUACAGUAUAAUAAGUAUUUUUUGUUUACAAAGAUGUUGUAUAUAUAUAUUUCUUGUAACAUAAUUAAUUAUAGUAGUAACAAUGCAUUUGUUCUCAAACAGGUGAGAUAUAAUGGAUAGACAGUUAAGGACAAUACUAAGAAAUAUUCUUUCUAUUAUUGUGGUGAUAUUACAUUGGGUAUAAGCAUACCAUCACAAUAAGCAAACUAUUUUUAAACACCAGAAUCUAUAAACCAUCCAGCAUUGCCUUAGAUUACGAGUUGUUAUGGAUUUUUUUAUAGUCAACUCACUCUUUGAGGUAUUAACAUAAUGUAUUAAUUUUAGAAAAAUUUUAUUUGUGAUGUGUAUUUGUAAUUUACUAAUCAAUCAAAGUUGUAAAAGUGUUAUGUAUUUAUACUUAAGUUUUUUUUAAUGACCGACAGGGUUUGACUGUAGAACAAAUAAUAAAUGUGUCAAAAACAA